AUUGAAACGGGUUAUUUGGAUCAUGUAAUUGAGGUGUUCGAUAAGCUCGGCUAUCAAAUCAUAUACAAUGGCUCCGACGCCGAAUGGGAUGUUCUCUGGUCUCAUGAAUAUCCGUUUGUCAGAAACUUUUUACCUCAACUCAGACCAUAUCAAAGGGUGAAUAAAUUCCCGGGUUCUGGAUUUAUAACAAACAAGGUGAAUUUAGCCACUUCUCAACUCAAACAUAUUCCUCAAGCAUUCAGUUUGCCGACAGAGAAGGAACAGUUCCUC